GCCUUGCAGUUCCGGUUCCAAGCACGGAGCACCAAAAGCAAGAACCGAAGGAGCACGCGACGCGAGCAUGGGCGUCAGCCUGGCGCAGGCGGUGGCGGCGCUGAUGGGCAGGUGCGCGCGGCGGCUGUCCCGGGCGGCGCGGCGGAUGCAGGAGCGCCGGCUGGCCGGCUCCUUCUCCCUCCCCUCCACGUCGCGCGCCGUCGUGCCGCUCACGAGGAAGGCGCUGUCGUGGUCCAAGAGAGGGAGGAAGACGGCGACGGGGGCGGACUCGUCGGAGGAGUGGAGCUUCGAGGCGUCGGCGGCGGGGGACGGGGUGUGGCGGAAGGAGAUCCUCAUGGGGGAGCGCUGCCAGCCGCUCGAGUUCUCCGGGGCCAUCUACUACGACGCCGAGGGCCGCCGGCUCGGGGCGCCGCCGACGCCGCGCACGCCCCUGCGCAGCCCGCUGCCGGCCUCCGCCAAGCUCGCCGCCAACGCCUGAACGCAAGAGUAGAUGGUCGUCGCAGCUGGCAGCUCGCCCUGCGACUUUGCCGAGAUGCAUGGAGAUGAUGGCUCCCUCUGCUUUGCUAGUAGUGUACAUGGUUUUCUUGCUGCUCUGCUUUUUUCCCUAACUCUUCUUUCUCUCUCGUAAUAAUAGGUACUACGGUGCUAUUUGGGUUUUUUGUUCAUCUUUUGGCGUGCGUGGUCAGUAGAGUACCAUGUACUGAUGUACAUGUAGAGUAAAAGAGUUUGUGGAAGCUUUCUUGCUUCUUUUCAAGAAGUUGGCGCCUAUUUUACAGCUUUCA